UCUCCGUUUCGUUUCCCCUCCGCAUCCUAAUUCCUGUAUUCGAUUCGUCGAAAUCUCACUGAGCUUCCUUCUACAUCAAGGGCGAUCGCUCAUGGGAGAUUCUCCCGAUCAAGGAGAGGACGAAAAUUUCGCAUCGUAUCAUCAGGAAUGGGCCAAUCUUCUCAGAGCUCAGGAGUCGCUUAAGGAACGAUUGGUCCUUGAGGAUGAUUUUUCGUGGGGAAUAUCCUCGCAAGAAUCGCCUUCAGAGGAUGGGUCAGCAAGGGAGAAGCUGAAGUACAUCGGCGGUGUUGAUAUAAGCUUCUUGAAGAAGGAUCCUUCGUUGGCGUGCGGUGCUCUCGUGGUGCUCGAUUCUGAUACUCUCAACGUUGUGCACGAAGAGUUUGAUGUUGCCCGCCUGCAUGUUCCUUAUGUUCCUGGAUUUCUUGCGUUCAGAGAAGCACCAAUACUUUUGGGUCUUCUCGACAAGAUGAAGUUCAACGCUCAUCCUUUCUAUCCUCAGUUACUGAUGGUCGAUGGCAAUGGCUUACUUCAUCCUCGAGGUCUUGGGUUAGCUUGCCAUCUUGGUGUCUUGGCUAAUCUUCCCACCAUUGGAAUUGGAAAAAAUUUGCAUCACAUUGAUGGACUAACUCAGUCUGAAGUGAGACGAUGCUUUGAAGCUAGUGGAACCUAUGAUGAGGAUCUGAUACCUUUGAUCGGGAAGUCUGGAAAAACAUGGGGAAUGGCAAUGCACUCCAGUCAUUCCUCAUCAAAACCUAUAUAUGUGUCCAUUGGUCAUCGAAUAUCGCUUGGUUCUGCCAUAAUGAUUGUCAAAUCAUCUUGCAAAUAUCGCAUCCCUGAGCCUAUUCGACAGGCUGAUAUUAGAUCGAAGGCAUUCCUUCAGGAGUUCCAAGGAGUAACUAAUUUGGUGAAACCAUCUCACAGUUUGCCUUAUUCUUAAUUCCUUAGGCAAACUAUUGAGAAAAGGGGGGAAAAACACAAUUAUGCAAGCUGUUUGUUUAAGAAUACUGUUUUACAGUCUUUAACACCGCAAUGUACCAUCUUCAUUCGACUUUGGUGCAAAAUGCCGUUCCGUUUCUGAUGACCAAACAAAGUGCAAAUUCCCAACAUCACCAAACAAAGAAUAGUAUCAUUGCUGGUGGUUCUUGUAUUUCUAACUACUUUCUCUUCAUUUUCUUAAGCAUGCUAAUUGACCUUGUUCAUCAAACACAGGAACCCUGCGUUCAAAGAAGCCCCAAGGGCCCAAGUUUUGUUGAUAAAUUGUAAUAUCCCUUCUGUUGUGAACCAGAAUAUAAUUUUAAAAUUGACACUUCUUUUUUAGCUA